AUGGCCGAUACCACCUCCACCGGCUUCGCCAACGAGAUCAAGCUCUUCGGCAAGUGGUCUUUCGACGAUAUCCAGGUUAAGGAUCUGUCCCUUGAGGACUACCUCGCCGUCAAGGUCAAGUCCGCCACCUACCUGCCCCACACCGCUGGCCGCUAUGCUGCCAAGCGCUUCCGCAAGGCUCAGUGCCCCCUGGUCGAGCGCCUGACCAACUCCCUGAUGCGCAAGGGCCGCAACAACGGCAAGAAGCUCCAGGCCAUCCGCAUUGUCAAGCACGCCUUCGACAUCAUCCACCUCAUGACCGACAAGGUGCGUCUCGUCUUCCUCUCGCGCUCAUGA